GCUGUUGCAGCGUCCGGCGUCCCAAGCCGUUCCUGCAGGGAGGAGGACAAGGAAGAGGCGGCGAUUCCAGCAGAGGGCGCUAUGUGGGGCCUCCCGGCCCUUGCCGGUCCCGGUCGGCUCUGACCCAUCCAGGCCGCCUUAACGCUCUGCUCCUGGGCUAGGCCGCUGCCGGGGCCUCCCUCUUCAAGAGGACUCACCGGAGCAGCCACGGCUCCCCCCGACUGGGGGGAGUGAAGGAGGUCGCUGCUGAGGUGCGGCCUCUCCCCUGGUCCUCCUCGCUUCCCGCUGCGGGAACAUGUUCACCAGCACCGGCUCCAGUGGGCUGUAUAAAGCACCUCUGUCCAAGGGCCUGUUAAUAGUACCAAGCACCGUCUCACUUCUGCUGGCUCUGCUUUUUCAACAUUAUCAGAAGUUUUUUGCAUAUAAUCUGCAAGCAGUGAAAGAAGAAUUUCAGGUCUGGAGGCUUAUCUGCGGGAGAACAGUGUGUCUUGAUCUCAAAGACACAUUCUGCAGCAGCUUACUAAUUUAUAACUUUAGGAUAUUUGAAAGGAGGUAUGGCAGCAGAAAAUUUUCGUCUUUUCUGUUAGGUUCCUGGAUGCUCUCAGUGUUGUUUGAUCUUCUUCUUGUAGAAGUUGUUGAAUAUUCUUUUGACAUCUCCAUCAACAGCUUGCCUUCAGGAUUCUUGGGCCCUUUAUUUGCUCUUUUUAUACCAUUUUAUUGCUCCAUUCCAAGAGUUCAAGUGACGCAAAUUCUAGGCCAGUUUUCCAUCACAAACAAGACACUGGUUUAUAUACUGGGUUUGCAGCUUUUGACUUCAGGGUCCUAUAUCUGGAUUGUUGCUUUAAGUGGGCUGAUUUCUGGAAUGUGCUACAGCAGCCGUGUGUUAAAAGUGUAUCGUGUACUUUGUGUGCCCAGUGGAAUGGCAAGAAUGUUUGCUUGGACUCUUGAGCCAAUUUUCUCAUCUGCGGAGCCAUCCAGUGAAAUCAGAGUUGGAAUGGGAGCAACUGUGGACAUACAGAGGCAACAGAGAAUGGAGCUUCUGGAUCGGCAAAUCUUGAUGUCUCAGUUUGCACAGAUAAGGAGGCAAAGACAGCAGCAGGGUGGAAUGAUUAACUGGAACCGUCUUUUUCCUCCUUUACGUCGUCAACGCGAUGCAAACUAUCAUGAUAAUCAACAGACUGAACAUGAGGGGCUGCCUCCAGCUGAAGUGUCUGAAGAACAGGUUGCACGGCUCAUGGAAAUGGGAUUUUCCCGGAUAGAUGCUUUGGAAGCUUUGAGGGCUUCGAAUAAUGACCUUAAUGUAGCUACCAACUUUCUGCUCCAGCACUAAUGAAUGCCUGCAGUGAUGAACUUGAAGCAAUACUUGAAGUGUGCUGCCCCCAAAGGAGAACCACAGCUACUAGCUGGAUAAGACUCCUGAAGGUUUAAGUAAUGAAGAUGAAGCUCUUGUCCUGUGUGAGACAACAGAAGAGCAAUGAUGGAUGGCCCUGAAAAUGUGUGCCCCUGAAAGGGGAUACUGACUGGCCGGGUUACUCUUGAAAAGUACUGUCACCAUGUUAUAGCUUCAAUAUUUAUUUUGGAAAGUUGGAUGUUGUUUCAAAGCAUGAAGUCUGUGACCAUUCCUAGUAACUAGGAAAUGGGAGAAAACAGGAAAUCUUGGUGGGGAGGAGAUAGAGGCUCCUUUUGCCAAACGUACAGGAUUCUUUCCUCUUGUAUUAUGAUUCGUUUUUUCUAAUCAUAAAUAUUUUUGAAUACAGCGUUUCUUUCAUCUGUUUCGUCACAGCUUUAAGAAAUGUUCAGAACUACCUGGUCAUGUGAUUUCAAUAAAGGAAGAGUGGUCUGCUGUA